AUGACACCUCGCACUUGCGCCGCUGUGGUCGUGGGCGCCGGUCCCGCCGGUGUGGCCGCCGUGGGUAACCUGCUCGAGCGCCAACUCGGCACCAUCGCCUGGAUCGAUCCCACCUUCGAGGCCGGCCGCGUGAACCGCAAAUACCGCGAGGUCCCAUCCAACACCAGGGUCGCUCUGUUCUCGGCCUUCGCCACGGCGACCAAGCCCUUCCAGGCAGUCGUCGACAACACCCCCAAACCAAACCCAUUCUCCACCCUCGCCAAGCUCGACCAGGAGAAGCCCUGCCAUCUGCAUCAUGCCGCGGAUAUGGUGCGCUCCCUGACAGACGGCCUAGUCAAGAUGGAGCAAGUGUACGCAUGUCGCGGGUUCGUGACGGCUGCCAACCUGGCCAAAUCACCCUCAUCGUCUGCGUCGCAGUGGACUGUCCGGGUCAAGCAGCACGGAUCGUCCGACGAACUGGAGAUCAACACCUCCCGCCUCGUCCUCUGCACAGGCAGCCACCCGACCAACCUCCCAGUCCCGGUGCCGGGACUAGACAUCCACCACCUCGACCUGGACACCGUGCUCAAACCCUCCGAGCUGCGCACCACCCUCCCCACCGACUCCCCCUCCACCGUCGCUGUCGUGGGCGCGAGCCACAGCGCCAUCCUGGCCCUCCUGAACCUAGUCAGCCUCGCCCAGUCCUCGCACCCGCAUCUGCGCGUGCGAUGGUUCACGCGCCAUCCCCUGCGGUACGCCGAGUACAAGGACGGCUGGAUCCUGCGCGACAACACAGGCCUCAAGGGUCUAGCCGCGGACUUUGCACGCUCGCAGCUGGAAGACGAUAAGUUGGCGACCUCGGCGGCUGGCACGGUCAUCCGUAAGAUCGACUGCGGCGGCGGCCCGGACAGGGAGCAGGCGCAGUAUGAGAAGAAUCUGCCGGCUUGUUCGCAUAUCGUGCAAGCGGUGGGGUUUACUCGCGAUCCAUUGCCGAAGCUGUCUCGUAAUGAGAUGGUGCCUAUUACGCUGGAGUUUGAUCAUGAGACGGCUCGGUUUCAUGAGCCCGGCUCUGGCGACGUCGUGCCCGGCUUAUAUGGUGCUGGCAUUGCUUUCCCCGAGCGUGUGGUUGAUCCCCUUGGGAAUGUCGAGUAUGCGGUUGGCUUCUUUAAGUUUAUGAAGUUCUUGAAGCGGGUUGUUCCUACGUGGACGGCGGCAUGA